AGUGGCCGCCGCCCAGGGUUGACGGAUCCCGGCGCUGGCCGGCGGAGAGCGAGUGUCCGCUGGCCCCGGGAAGCUGUGGGCGCCGGCUCUGCUCGCUCCAUGCUGCGCCUGUGAGGCCGGCCGCCGGCCGACGUCUCCCGGAGAUGGAGCACAUCCGGACGACCAAGGUUGAGCAAGUAAAAUUACUUGACCGAUUCAGUACCAACAACAAGUCAUUAACAGGAACGCUGUAUCUUACGGCCACGCAUCUGUUGUUUAUAGACUCUCACCAAAAAGAGACCUGGAUAUUGCACCACCACAUCGCCUCAGUGGAGAAACUUGCCUUGACUACUUCUGGAUGCCCACUUGUCAUUCAGUGCAAGAACUUCAGGAUUGUGCAUUUCAUUGUUCCCAGAGAACGGGACUGCCAUGAUAUUUACAACUCCUUGCUGCAGCUGUCAAAACAAGCAAAAUACGAAGAUCUGUAUGCAUUCUCUUAUAAUCCUAAACAAAAUGACUCAGAACGACUACACGGUUGGCACCUUAUUGACCUUGCUGAGGAAUAUAAGAGGAUGGGAGUGCCAAAUUCCAACUGGCAGUUGUCUGAUGCCAACCGAGAAUACAAGAUUUGUGAAACUUAUCCUAGAGAACUUUACGUUCCCCGGAUAGCAAGCAAACCAAUAAUUGUUGGUAGUUCCAAGUUCCGGAGCAAGGGAAGAUUCCCAGUUCUUUCUUAUUAUCAUCAGGACAAGGAGGCUGCCAUUUGUCGAUGUAGUCAGCCGUUGUCCGGAUUCAGUGCCAGGUGUCUGGAGGAUGAACAUUUGCUUCAAGCCGUCAGCAAAGCCAACCCGGCCAAUCGCUAUAUGUAUGUCAUGGACACCAGGCCCAAACACCGCAUGCAGAGCUGGUGGGAUACACAAAAGGACAUUGGCAAAAUAAUAGUGAGGAUUUCUUCAAAAAUCUGGAGUGAUGAGGAGCUAGAAGAAAGCGAUGAGGAAAAGCGACUCAAUGCCAUGGCAAACAGAGCAGCCGGAAAAGGUUAUGAAAACGAAGACAACUAUUCUAACAUUAGAUUUCAGUUUGUUGGAAUUGAGAAUAUUCAUGUCAUGAGAUCCAGUCUUCAGAAAUUAUUGGAAGUCAAUGGUACCAAAGGGCUUUGUGUCAAUGAUUUCUACUCUGGUUUGGAGAGCUCAGGCUGGCUUCGCCACAUCAAAGCUGUUAUGGAUGCUGCGAUCUUCUUAGCCAAAGCAAUCGUGGUUGAAAAUGCCAGUGUAUUGGUGCACUGUUCUGAUGGCUGGGAUAGGACUUCCCAGGUGUGCUCCCUUGGCUCUCUUCUGCUGGACCCCUUCUACCGCACAGUCAGAGGCUUCAUGGUUUUAAUAGAAAAAGAUUGGAUUUCUUUUGGACAUAAAUUUUCAGACAGGUGUGGCCAUUUGGAUGGUGACCCAAAGGAAGUCUCACCAGUGUUUACUCAGUUCUUGGAAUGUGUAUGGCAUUUGACUGAACAGUUUCCACAAGCCUUUGAAUUCAAUGAAGCAUUUCUUCUUCAGAUCCAUGAACAUAUUUACUCAUGCCAAUUUGGAAACUUCCUUGGAAAUUGUCAGAAGGAAAGAGAAGAACUCAAGCUGAAGGAAAAGACGUACUCCUUAUGGCCAUUUCUUUUGGAUGAGCUGAAGAAGUACUUAAAUCCUGUCUACAGUUCAGAAAGAUUCACAGUGUUGGAACCAAAUACAGUGUCAUUCAAUUUUAAGUUUUGGAGAAACAUGUACCACCAGUUUGAUCGAACGUUGCAUCCUAGGCAGUCUGUACUGAAUAGAAUUAUGAAUAUGAAUGAACAAAAUAAGCAGUUAGAGCAAGAUUUUAAAGACCUAGAAUCUAAAAUUAAACAAUGCAAAAACCAAGAGACAGAUGGCGUGCUCACCAAGGAACUGUUGCGUUCAGUUCAUCCUGAGUCACCUGCGCUGAAGGCCUCCCUGUGUCUGAAGGAGCAGACUCUGCUGCCCGGAAACGAUGCUCUGCGAACCAUAGAGGGCAGCAGCCCUGCGGACAAUCGGUACAGUGACUAUGCUGAGGAGUUCAGCAAGGCGGAGCCUGCUGUGGUCAGCCUGGAGUAUGGCGUGGCGAGAAUGACUUGUUAGGCUCACGCAGAUUUUCAGGACUGCCCUCAUACAAGAAAUGGAUUGUUGUGAGGAAGGUCUGUGUGUAUGGCCAAAAGGGAUCUGUUGAAUAAUGAUCUUAGAGUUUACCAGUAGGUAAAUUGCUGAAGAAAGGAUAACUGCCCUUGUGAGAAAAAUAAGUCUGUAUAAUUAAUAUUGUAGCAAAGAAUGACGUUCGGUCCUGUAAGAAAUGAGUGGUAUUUGGUGGAUUUCCGGAAAAUGCAGUUUGCACUGUAUACUAAUGAGUUAUUACUGUAUGAUUUGAAUUUGCCUUCCCGAAGUAUAAUUUAGCUACAGUGAAAUAAAACUUUACAAAAGAGUCCCUUAAUAAUUGACAUAGCAUGUGCUUUCAA